AAAAGAUUACUCGUCGUUUAACAGUUGAACUGGCUAAAAAGGGUUUCAUCGGUCCUGGUAUCGAUGUUCCUGCACCUGAUAUGGGCACCGGUGAACGAGAAAUGGCUUGGAUUGCUGAUACUUAUGCAUCGACCAUUGGUUGGUCUAAUAUUAAUGCCUCAGCAUGUAUAACCGGAAAACCAAUCUUACAAGGAGGAAUACAUGGUCGAAUAUCUGCCACAGGACGAGGAUUGUAUCAUGGUGUGAAUAAUUUUGUGAAUGAAAAAUCAUUCAUGGAUAUGAUUGGUUUAACAACUGGUUUGGCAGGAAAAACGUUCAUACUACAGGGUUUUGGUAAUGUAGGCUUGCAUUCAAUGCGUUAUUUAACGCGACACGGUGCUCGUUGCGUCGGUGUACUCGAAUGGGAUGGAGCUAUUGUAAAUCCAGCCGGUAUUCAUCCAAAAAAUUUAGAAGAUUAUAAACUUGAUAAUGGAACAAUCAAUGGAUUUCCCGGUGCGUCAGCAUAUGAUAAACCAAAAGAAGAAUUAUUAUGCGAACCAUGUGAUAUUCUAAUACCGGCAGCUAGUGAGCAACAGAUAACAUCAAAAAAUGCUCCAAGGAUCCAAGCAAAAGCGAGUGCUAAUGGACCAACGACACCAGCUGCUGAUAAAAUUUUAUUAGAAAAAAAUUGUUUAGUUAUUCCCGAUAUGUACAUUAAUGCUGGGGGUGUCACUGUUUCAUAUUUCGAAUGGUUAAAAAAUCUUAAUCACGCAUCAUAUGGACGUCUUACAUUUAAAUAUCAAAAAGAUACAAAUUACAGUUUAUUGGAGAGUGUACAAGAUUCAUUAGAGAAAAAAUUUGGUAAAAUGGGAGGAAAAAUUCCUAUUGUUCCAAGUGAAGAAUUUUUUAGUCGUAUGGCUGGUGCUUCCGAAGUUGAUAUUGUCCAUUCUGGUCUUGAACAAACAAUGGAAAAAUCGGCUCGUGCCAUAAUGCGUACAUCACAAAAAUUUAAUCUUGGUAUUGAUUUACGCACGGCAGCAAAAAUGUUGAAAGCGUUUAAUUCUGAUUGUUAUUACUUACUGAAACCAUGUUUAGCCGCGAGUCGUUCCAAAUUUUUAACGGUAUCAUUUCAUACCACUUCGAUAAACAAUUCAAUAGGACCAAUGUCAUCCAGUACAAUGUCAUCAAUUCCAUCCAUGUCUUCCACGAAGCCAUCAUCUGAACCCUCGUCUCAUCCUUCCACUUCUACUACAAACUCAGCGCCACAUUUCGGUUUCUAUCGUCAAGUCGAAUUAUUUUAUGAUCGUGCAGCUGCAAUUCUAGAAGACAAGCUAGUCGAUGAAAUGAGGUCAAAAUUACCAGAUGAUCUUAAACGAAAACAAGUUCGUGGAAUAUUAAAAAUAAUCAAACCAUGUAAUCAUGUACUCGAAAUACGUUUUCCAAUUAAACGAGAUAAUGGAGAGCUACACGUUAUUGAAGCAUGGAGAGCACAGCAUAGUCAGCAUCGCACACCAUGCAAAGGAGGUAUUCGUUACUCGUUGGAUGUCAAUUUGGAUGAAGUAAAAGCUUUAGCUGCUCUAAUGACAUUCAAAUGUGCAUGUGUCGAUGUACCGUUUGGAGGCGCGAAAGCGGGUGUCAAAAUCAAUCCAAAAGACUGGUCAGAAGCAGAAUUAGAAAAGAUUACUCGUCGUUUAACAGUUGAACUGGCUAAAAAGGGUUUCAUCGGUCCUGGUAUCGAUGUUCCUGCACCUGAUAUGGGCACCGGUGAACGAGAAAUGGCUUGGAUUGCUGAUACUUAUGCUUCAACAGUCGGUUGGGAAGAUAUACAUGCCUACGGUUGUGUUACGGGAAAGCCGAUUGGCAGUGGUGGUAUUCACGGACGUACAUCCGCUACGGGCCGUGGUCUAUAUCACGGAGUUGAUAAUUUUGUGAACGAAGCUUCUUAUAUGGGCAUGGUUGGAUUAUUGCCAGGUCUUGCUGGGAAGACCUUUAUUGUUCAAGGUUUUGGUAAUGUGGGUUUACAUUCAAUGCGUUAUUUAACACGACACGGUGCUAGAUGUAUUGGGAUAUUAGAAUACGAUUGUGCACUAGUGAAUCCAGACGGUAUUGAUCCAAAAGCGCUGGAAGAAUAUAAAUUCGACAACGGAACAAUAAAAGGCUUCCCGGGUGCUAAACCCUAUGAAAAAGAGCCAAGAGAAGAAUUAUUAUGCGAACCAUGUGAUAUUCUCGUACCGGCAGCCAGUGAGAGACAAAUCACAUCAGAAAAUGCUGGACGCAUUCAAGCACGUAUUAUUGCUGAAGGUGCCAAUGGACCAACGACGCCAGAAGCUGACCAAAUAUUGAUGAAAAAUAAUAUUUUAGUUCUGCCAGAUUUGUAUAUCAAUGCUGGUGGUGUUACGGUUUCAUAUUUUGAAUGGUUAAAAAAUUUAAGUCAUGUUAGUUACGGACGUUUGACGUUUAAAUAUCAACGUGAUACUAAUUAUAGCUUAUUAGAAAGCGUUCAAAGUUCACUUGAAGCUAAAUUUGGACGUAUGGGUGGUAAAAUAGCAAUUGGCGCAUCAGAAAAAGAUAUCGUACACUCUGGUCUAGAACAUACAAUGGAAAAAGCAGCACGUGCCAUUAUGCAAACAGCCAUGAGGUUUGAUCUUGGACUUGAUAUUCGUACGGCAGCUUAUGUUAACGCAAUUGAAAAGAUCUACAAAGUAUACGAAUCAGCUGGUAUUACAUUUGGUAGUUAA